ACGAAAUAACGGCGCCGUGCAAGACAGACAGACAUUAGAUCACCGGAGACGUUGUGUUGCCGCGGCGGAUGCGGAGGAUGACGGGAAAAGAGCCAGGGAGAAAAAGACAGGGAGAAGAAGUUUAAACCUUGACGGGACCGCGUCCGGUAGCCCAGUUCAAGCCCGUCAUCAGUCCAGACUCCCACCUAUGGAAAAGUUUAACGGGCUGAAAACAUAUUCUCAGACUGGAUGUUGAUGGGACUCAUGACCCAGCCUGCGGUGUGCAUUUAUUAUUUUAACAUGAAAAUCAUGCAGUCCCUGUAAAACUGCUUGGACUGAAUCUUUUGUAUUUUUGUAUUUUUUAAUUAUUUUUUUUUUGCCGUUCCUGCAUUUUAAUUCGGAUUCUUCAUAUAUGGGAAAGGGAGAGUAAAGUGAUGAACCGGGACAGAGCGGUACCAGGACCCGGAGCGGACGGGGUCCAGACCGUGAUAAGCCGGGACAGAGCCGUGGCAGGGCCCAUGGCGGAGGCAGUCCUUCCCGUGAUGAGUCGGGACAGAGCGGAACCGGCUCCGGGCGGGGAAGGGGUCCAAACCGUGGUGGGCCCGGACAGCGGAGACAUGCUGGACGGAGGUGCUGCCGGGGAGAAGCGGCUCUUCUCCAACGCGGUGGCCGGAGGCAGAGAUGCUCAAGUCAUGGAGAACCGCUCGGAACCCCCGCCGACGAACCCAGUGUUAGCCCCGCCACAGCAGGGCCCUACCGGGCACCGGACCACCUCGUUCUCCGUACUGGACAUCCUGGACCCCAACAAGUUCACGAGCAGUCGGCGACUCCAGCAGCAGCACGCGAGCCAACGCAGUGAGCGCGAGCUGAGCGCGUACGGAGCGGAGAACCGGAGAGCAGGGACGGCGGAGCGCGAGCCGAGCCUGGAGGCCAGUAAAGGCUGCUACGCCGCUGAGGAAUACCAGAGCAAGGAAGGCUUUGUAUACAGAAGCCCAGAUGAGGAUGACUACCACAGAUCUGGUACCCCGGACUCAGAGGCUCCAGAUGGGCCCUAUAGCAGUGAAGAGAGCAGCUCAGCUCUGCCCAGCAAUGGAGACACAAAUCUGGGUCAACACAGCCACGACCUCGGCAGAGACACCGCAAGCCCUGUAGGAGGCCCUGCAGGCCAGAUUACCAAUGGCCAGACCAAUGGGGGCCAGGGCCAACAGGGUAAACCUAAGAGGAAGCGCUCUGGCUCAGACUCCAAGUCGGGAAAGCCCCGCAGAGCCCGGACUGCCUUUACCUACGAGCAGCUGGUGGCACUGGAAAACAAGUUCAAGUCAACGCGCUACCUGUCAGUGUGUGAGCGGCUCAACCUGGCUCUGUCGCUCUCUCUCACUGAGACCCAGGUCAAGAUCUGGUUCCAGAACCGCCGGACCAAGUGGAAGAAACAGAAUCCUGGAGCGGACACCUCCGCCCCGACUGGUGCAGGAUCAGGAGGAGUGGGGGGAGCAGGAGGUGUGGGAGGAGCAGGAGGCCUGGGGAACCUCAGCCCUCUCAGUCCGUCCCCUCCGAUCAGCGGGCACCUGGCCAUGCACGCUGGCUACGCUAGCCAUCAUCACCCCCCUGCUGGCAGCCUGGUCCAACUGCCUUUCCUCACCGCCAGCCACGUCCUGUCCCCCUUCAUGCUGGGGACACAGAGCUACGCUGCGCCUGCAUUCUACAGCACACACCUGUAGACACACACAAACUCACGCACAAACACAAGCACACACACACACACACACACAUACACACACACACUUAGAACUCUGAGCCCAGAGAGACUGAAAUGUCCCAGUGUAUGAAUAGACUGCAACACAGCAGACUGACAAACAGGUUUCAGCUCUGCUCUCAUUUUUACUACCAACAUUUGAAGGCUUUAAUUUCAAUGGAUUAUUUUGAUAGAAUGUGAAUAUCUACCAGAAACUGUACAUAAAUCUAUGUUCUAGCGCCCUACUCCGAAUGCUGUUUUAAACUACGUAAUAGACAAAUAGUUGAUUUCUUCAUAAAAAAAAAAAAAACAAACUGUAUGAAUAUUGAAUGUUUAUUUAUGACUUAAGGAAUGGCUUGAUCUA